AUGGGCACCAUAGUCACAAAGCGCGGUGUUUUGGUCAAGGAGUUUGGCCUCACAGUGCUAUACCAGACAGCUAAUCCUGCCGUUGACAUCGUCUUUGUCCACGGCCUGAACGGAACCUCUUAUCAUACAUGGGCCACCAAGAAACCAGAAGUAUUCUGGCCCUCCGACCUCCUCCCCAAAGCUCUCCAGGGCCUCGAAGUCCGAAUCCUUACCUACGGCUACGAUGCGAACGUUACAGCGUUUGCCGGUGGGACGUCAAAGGAUAAACUACAUAACCAUGCCGAACACCUGGUUGCGAAGCUGUGUGUGCUGCGCAGUGAAACCCGCUCGAGCGAGAGACCUAUCGUCUUCAUCUGCCAUUCCCUCGGUGGGUUGGUGGUGAAGAAGGCCCUCUGCUGCUACACCAGAGUCAGUCACCAACACACACAGCAUCUCCGAUCCGUCUAUGUAUCAACUUACGGGAUCCUAUUCCUGGGGACACCGCAUAACGGAUCCAACAUCGCAAAGGUGGCCAGCAGCUUGCAGUCCAUCAUAAACACCGUCAUACCAAAGAGACUCCUCUCCACCUCUCCGCAACUCAUACAGGUCCUACAGAGCGACAAUGAACAUCUACAAGUCAUCAACCGCGAGUUCGUCCAGAUUAUGGACAGAUUUCACAUCUACUUCUUCCACGAAUCGAAACCGAUGGAUCUAGGCGGGACCCGGGCCUUUAUCGUCGAAGAGUCGUCAGCUGCGCCGGUGAUGGACGGCGUUGAGCGUAUGGGCAUCGAAGCUGACCACGGAAGCAUGUGUCGCUAUCUUGAUGAAAAUUCUCCUGGUUACGAUACAGUGACCGAAGCGGUGCGCCGUUACUGCGCUGAUGCCGCGCCUCUUGUUGCAGCUCGAUGGCGGCAGGCAAAGCGGGAGUAUUACCUUGCAAUGCAGGAUGGGCUACAGGUCCAACAACUCACCUCUAGAGGAAGCAGCGCUCUUGAUCUUCCAUCCGAUGAUCCACUAGAACAUUCUGUAUCUACUAUUUCAGGGCCACCAGAGUCCACAAUAUACACCAACCCAGAAGCUCUCGGCAAUAUUGAGCAACCUACACCCCUACAGAUAGGCCAUAAGGAAGAAACACUUGUCACCGUUAGCCCUCCUGGCUUCCAUCCCAACGCCGUCUUCUUUGGAAUGCAAGAGGAAAUGGCCCAGCUGGUGAGUGUGCUGGCCGACGAACGGAAACGGGCUCAGGGGCCGGUGGCUGUUUUAAUCCAUGGCGGCCCAGGUACCGGAAAAUCUCAUUUGGCCAGACAAUACAUGUACGACAAUGAGGCUUCCUACCCUGGUGGUAUUUUCUGGAUCGACGGCAAGACGAAGGAGUCUCGUCUCAACGGAAUCUGGGAAAUCGCUGUAGCCGCGUCCAUUCUAUCAGAGGGCCAAGAAGAUCGAGACCCAAGAUGGCUCAUGGCCGAUAAAUAUACAGCAAAUGUCAAACGGUGGUUAGAGAGCAGAGAUAAUUGGCUUCUCGUCUUCGACGGCCUUGGCUUUGAGCAUGAGGAAGACCUAGACGAGUUUAGAAAUUUUCUCCCCUUCAGACCACAUACCAGCAUCAUCUAUACAUCCAUAGAUCGCACCCUACGGCAGAAGCAGCGGCUUUACGAACCAUAUGGCCUGGCCGUUAAACCGCUUGCCGUUGACGAGGCAUGCAAGCUUCUAUUCAGGGAUCUAGGUAUCACAAACGCCAACUCUAAGCAGAGGAAGAAAGCCAGAGAACUGGUUAUGCAUUAUGAAUGCUUACCGCUCGCCAUUCACGCCAUGGGCCACCGGCUCAGCGCCAGCGGGAGACCACUCGAAACCUAUCACGUCGGCUCUCAUUUGACUGAUCUUCACUUAGCAGAACCGUACAGGGGUAUCAUGUCAGACUUGAACGCAAACGAGUACACCGAAGCACUCCAGCUAAUCUAUAUCCUAUCCUUCUUCGGACAUGACGUGCCCGUUGGAAUGAUCCAUCUCGGCCGCAAGGCUCUUGCAGAAUAUAACGUCGAGAUUCGAACACUAGAGCGAUGCGGAAGUUCAGAGAGGCACAUCGAUAAUACAUUUGCCAUCCUCAUUAAAUACGGGCUAAUAGAACGCUCCUUCGACCCGUAUACAUGGAACGACGUGACUGCUACUCCUACAAGCGAAAUCGACAGGAUGGGAAUUGAACGCCGUUCCACGGACCCUACACACUCCCAGAGUAGUUCGAGCCAAGAUGUGUUCUCAGGUCGACCACGCACCGCCAUCGACGUGUUAAAGAUCCAUUCCGUCGUCCAAGGUUUCUGCAGGGACGAACUUAUCGUUGAGGGCGCAAAACACUUCUGGCACUGGCUGGGGAUCGCGACAAGCUUGUUCUGUCUCUCCUAUAAAAAUGCUACUACCCAAAUCAACGCCAUCAGGGGCGCAGGGCUUGUUAGAGAUUACCGCGAAUACCAAACCCAUGCAAAACGGUUGAUGCACCAUUACCGGGCCAAGCUAGACAAAUCGGAGGUCAACUUGGAGCGUCAUCACGAGUAUUUGAAAACUAUGCUGCUCGACAUCGAGGAAGAGAUCAGACAUCGAUCUCCACGGUCAUCCCAGGAAUCAUUCCGUCACCAGAGAUCAAUUUUUGACCAUACAAGCAGCAUGUCGUCCUUCUCUGAAUCCAUGGCUAGUGGAUCUACCAAGUCCUGGGAGCAGGAUAUGGGUAAUGAAUGCACCGAUUCGCCUCUGGAAAUAAGCUCCCCUCAGGAUUCAAUGCGCCCUCACUCUAUUUUCUAUGGCAACCAAGGUACUGGAGUGGAGAAUAUUGCUGAGGAUGAGGGUGAGGAAAACAAGACAGCAACUGAAAUGUCUCCAUCUCUAUCCACCAACACGGAAGUUCCAACGCCGCCAAUAAGGCAAGAAGAGCAGCCUACUCCCCCUACUAAGAAGCGAGGUAGCUUCCUCUCCGCGUUCAAGGAACCCCUUAGGCGGUUUAGAGAGCGCAAGAAUCUCGGGGAGUUCAGACCAAUAACUCCCACCGUCUCUCUUUCUGGAAGCUCUCGGCGGAAUAGCUCCAUUCUAGUCCAAGGAAGUACCAGUCAAAGGAAACCCUCUGAUGCUGGAUCUGUCGGCAAAGUAACAAUAGCAACAGUACAACCCACUCGGCCUCCGUCUUCAAAGAGCUCUGGUGUCAACGCAGCUCGGCCUGAGUCCAGUGGAAAGCCCGCCCGCCCUCUCUCUUAUGCAGCUGCAGUAUCGGGAAAACCACAGUCUGGAACUGGCACCACCACCAGGCCGCGCGAGAACCCUCUCCAGCGGCCAGUACACGACAGUCCCCCGUUGCCUAAUGUAGAUGAGAUCAAGCGCCUUUCGGCUUCAAUGAUGGAGGGUACCCAGAUGAACUUAUCGUUGUCAACUCACAGUGACCCUGGCUUACCAUAUCCGCCACACCGGGCUUCCGCGUCUGAUCGAGGCUCACCAACAACACCAGGCUCCCCCUUCCAACAUGGGCAGAAUCAAUUUCAAAGGCCUACGGCAGUGCAUCAGCAGCAUUUCAGCGAUCCCAGCGUUAGCACCCAGUACUCUGGGGCCAACCCACUACCCUUACCGUACGAUUCGGAUGUUCAAAUCACGCAGAUGCCGCGGCGAACUCCAGGGUUCAACCGUGAGAACCCAAAUUUCCCAGCUCUCCGCCCUGUGGGUUCUCGAAGCAGCCUCCCGCCCGGCUACUCAUCUCAACCAAUGUCUCGGGAUCAUUCCCAACUAUCGCAUCAAUCGCUGCAGGCAGAUUCUGGCAGAUAUUCGACCCAUUCAUCAUCAGGUGCCCGAGCCGCCUCAUUCUCCCAUGCCAACUGGACGGGUGUGCCUACCCUGGACACAAGAGUGAGAUUCCCAGCCAAUGAAUCUGCGAUCGACUCAAGUGCAACCACACCUACUUCCAUCGACGGCCAGCCGCUAUCAAGGACACAUUCUGGCCCCGGCCCCGGUUUCAUGGUCGACUCAGGUGAUGGUAUUAGCAAGAGCGUUAUCGAAUUCAGCACCGUUCGUUAUACCCCUCAAAUCCGAUUCGGAGAACUUGACCCUGUCAGCGUUGAUGCUGCGAGACAACGAACCGAGCUAGCACUUAGACAGGAGCAGAUGAGACGCCAACCACGCGCAGCGCCAUAUCCAGACCGCAACCUCAUGCCGACAGCUAGUGAUCCGCAACAAUUGGCAGCUAUAGUGCAGCCCAGAAUCCCAUCUCCGCCGGUGCCACGAGUCGAACAAGUUCGCCGUCAAGAGGGCAAUGCCAGACCAAGAGCGAGGAGCGGUAGCACGCCUCAAGAACCCAACUGGAGUGGCUUAGGUAUCAAUCAGCGAUUCCCUUGA